UGCACCCCACAGUGGGGCUCAAAUGUCCUCAGCGAGCACUCAGCGGGGUCCGCCCCUUCCCUUGUCCACCCGGGAGCCGCCGGUUCCCUGGGCGACAGUCAACACUGACCGACCCGCAGAACACAGCUGGGCGCAGAUGCUGCCCCAGCCUGGAGAGUUACUGUCCCCAUCAGUCACUCUGAGCUCGGGAUCCAGUGUGGGGAGGAGGGAGCGACGUGGGGAGAUCGUGUGCAAGCUUUCCUGGGAUAAAGAGCCUCUAUCAGUCUCUUCUCUCUCUCCUCUCUCCUCUUCAGUCCCCCAUGGGCAGUCAAAACGCUGGGCUCCCAAGAGCCACAACAUCCGGGUAUGGACUGCCCCCUAUCAGGCCACUUGCCUCAGUUUCCAGGGGCCGGGAUGACCCUGCAGCAAGCAGGGGUCGUGUUGGUGACUGCCAGGGUACCACAGCCUCCAGUGUGGUGCAGCAGGACCAGCUGUGGAGGGAGCUUGUGGAAGCUGAAACACGAGGCCAGCAGCGGUGGGCUGAGAACUGGGGUUUCCUGAAAGACUACGACCCUUUGGGAAAUAAGAAAGAGCCUAAGGAGCUGCCUGCAGACAUGCCCUUCUUCUCAGACAUACUCCCCAGCUCCACAAGCAGGGAGGUGGGCAGCAGGCUGGACACGGCCCUGGGAAGAGCCCUUACCCACAUGGACUUCUUCUUCAUAGAAGGCACCCGGAAGAGGAAGCCAGAGGAUGAGCUGCAGCCAAUGUAGAGAUCUCAAGGCAGACGCACGCCAGUGUGGAGUGGAGUAAACCCAGGUGGCCCUCAG